CCACAGCAUAAAAGCCGCAGCUCCCUCCCAGCGCCUCCUCAGACUGCAAAGGGAUCCCCGAGAAGCACAGCGCCGAGUAGCCGAGAGCAGAAACGGCCGUCGAUUUUUCCACCCCUCUGCUUUCUCCCAAAAGAAGCGAGACGAGGCGUUAUAGCCCUUGCAGGACUCGCCUCGUCUGCGAAGCCACCGCUAGAGCCGAGUCACUUAGCCCAAGCCUUGCCUUACCGUUUUUUGAGGGGGGAUUGUUCAGGCUCUCCCUCUAUUUUUUCCUCCGGUUUGAAGUGGCAGGGGGGAAGACCAGGCACUCUUCCUUAAAAAGCCAUGAAGAACUAUCAGACAACCAGCUGUUUCAUCUUGGCUCUUGCCCUUCUCCAGUUAGUGAAUAGGGCACUUUCUUCCUGCCCUUCUUCUUGCCAGUGUCCUCUGGAGGUCCCAAGGUGCGCCCCGGGAGUUGGUCUGGUUCUGGAUGGCUGCAGAUGCUGUAAAGUUUGUGCUAAACAGCUCAACGAAGAUUGUAGCAAGACACAGCCUUGCGAUCACACCAAGGGGCUGGAAUGCAAUUUCGGCGCCAGUUCCACAGCUCCAAAGGGGAUCUGCAGAGCUCAGUCAGAAGGGAGACCUUGUGAAUAUAACUCCAAAAUUUAUCAGAAUGGAGAAAGUUUUCAACCCAACUGCAAGCACCAGUGCACAUGCAUCGAUGGAGCUGUGGGCUGUAUCCCACUGUGCCCACAAGAACUGUCCCUUCCUAACUUGGGCUGCCCUAACCCAAGGCUAGUGAAAGUCCCUGGCCAGUGCUGUGAGGAAUGGGUCUGUGAUGACUCCAAAGAUGCCCUGGAGGAGCUGGAAGGUUUCUUUGGCAAAGAAUUUGGCUUGGAUGCUUCUGAAGGGGAAUUAACCAGGAACAAUGAGCUAAUAGCCAUUGUGAAAGGAGGCCUGAAAAUGCUACCUGUUUUUGAGUCUGAACCACGCAGUCACUCAUUUGAGAAUCCAAAAUGCAUUGUGCAAACAACCUCUUGGUCACAAUGUUCAAAGACCUGUGGGACUGGCGUCUCCACUCGAGUCACCAACGAUAACCCCGACUGUAGACUAGUUAAAGAAACCAGGAUAUGUGAAGUGAGGCCAUGCGGGCAGCCUAGCUAUGACUCUUUAAAGAAGGGAAAAAAAUGCACCAAGACCAAAAAAUCCCAAGCUCCAGUGAAGUUCACUUAUGCAGGAUGUUCCAGUGUGAAGAAGUAUCGUCCCAAGUACUGUGGCUCGUGCGUGGACAGCAGAUGCUGCACUCCUCAGCAGACCAGGACUGUCAAGAUCCGGUUUCGCUGUGAUGAUGGGGAGACCUUCACUAAGAAUGUCAUGAUGAUCCAGUCUUGCAGAUGCAACUACAAUUGUCCCCAUGCAAACGAGGCCUACCCUAAUUACCGGCUAUUCAAUGAUAUCCACAAAUUUAGGGACUAAGUUUUCAUGUGUGCACUCUUGAACAAGAGGCUUGUUUUAAAAAAACAUUUUUGAAGUAACAACGGUGGAAAAAUGAACUCUGAUGGAAGUGGUGCCUUUGCCCUUGGGAGGGCAACACUGAGACAUGAGAAUGCACUGUGCAACUGGAUACUAAUGCAACAGUUUGAGUAUACUUAAAGCUUCAUAAUACUGGAGCAAUCGUAUUGCUUCAUUUUGGAGCACUUUCAUGAUGACUGAUUUCUGUUUGUAAUUGAUUGUUUAUACGUUUGUCUGUUUGUCUGUCCUGGAUAUGAAAACCCUCAGUUCUCUACUGUUCAGCAUACCAUCGCAUAUUUGUUAUUGUUCCAAACUCAUAUUGGAGGUUACAUUCCUUCCUCAGGUGGGCACUUUUGGAGUUCUCAUCUCUGGCAGCUAUAGGUACCAGCUAUAUAAUUCAUACUUGCAAACAGAAAUUGGUGGGCUUUAAAGCUGAAUAUUUUAUUUAUCAAAAUGUAGCUUCUUUUUCUUUCUUUCUUUCUUUUUUUUGGAGGAAAAAUCCCUAAUACUGGAAUAAGUUGUAAAUGAUUUAAUUUUAUAUUCAAUGAAUUAAGAGAGUUUAUUUAUGGAAUUAAUCAUUUAAUAAAGAAAUAUUUACCUAA